AGAAAACGUGAUUUGCGAUAAUCCACAAUGAAGGCUAUUUCCUUCAAUGGGUUUUCGCUUUUGUUGCUCCUUUUCGUUUUUUUACUGUCUCUGAGCUCAAUUUCAGCUUUAUCUCCAACUGGGUCGAUCAACCACUCCAUCAAGUUUAUCAUAGGAGGAGGAGAAGGGAAUUUGGGUUCUUGGCAAAACGAAGCUACAAAAGUGGCUCCAGCACCAGGGCCUCAAACUGAUAAUACUCUUAUUUUGGCGGCAAAUAGAACCAAAAGGCCUGACAUUCUUCGAGGAUUUCAUCGGUAUCGUGGUGGUUGGGAUAUUGCAGAUCAGCAUUAUUGGGCUUCAGUUGGAUUCACCGGUGCCACAGGUUUCAUUCUUGCCGUCUUGUGGUUCAUCUCAUUUGGCUUGGCACUUUUGAUUCAUGUAUGCUGUGGAUGGGGGAUUAACAUCAAGGACAAAGGAUCUGAUCGUUCACAAAGGAUUUGUCUGAUAUUACUUCUAAUAUUCACCUUUGCUGCAUCGACUGGGUGCAUCCUCCUUUCUGUCGGGCAGGAUAAGUUCCACGGCGAGGCCAUGGAUACCCUCCAUUUUUUCGUCAAUCAAUCAGAUUACACGGUGCAGACUCUAAGAAAUGUCACAGAAUAUCUCUACCUCGCAAAAACUAUCAAGGUCGACCAGAUAUUUCUUCCAUCUGAUGUCCUGGAUGAUAUCGAUAAGUUGAACGUGGAUCUAAAUACUGCGGCCGAUACACUUUCCGAGAAGACAAAUGAAAAUUCAAUUAAAAUUAGAAGAGCAUUCAAUGUUGUGCGCCUGGCUUUGUUUGUUAUGGCAGCAGUGAUUCUUCUCUUGGCUCUAACUGGACUAGUCCUGUCUCUCCUUGGAUAUCAACAUGCAAUCCUCUUAUUUGUUAUCACUGGAUGGUUACUGGUUGCAACCACAUUCAUUCUUUGUGGAGUGUUCAUGAUCCUUAAUAAUACAAUUUCUGAUACCUGCAUGGCUAUGGGAGAAUGGGUAGAAAAUCCACACAGAGAAUCUGCUCUUAGCGACAUACUUCCAUGUGUCGAUCAGAGAACAACAAACAAAACACUUUUUCAAAGUAAACAAGUAGUCACCAAUAUUGCAAAUCUUGUCAAUGAGGUCAUCUAUUCUACUGCAAACACAAACCCAACACAAGGCGCUGCUGGUUUUUACAAUCAGUCUGGGCCUUCAAUGCCGUCCCUAUGUUAUCCCUUUGACACCCAGCUUCGAGAACGCCAAUGUUCAAACCAAGAAGUUUCUUCUGCCAAUGCUUCAACGGUUUGGAAGAACUAUGAAUGUGAGGUAUCUGAAUCGGGUAUUUGUACUACAGUUGGCAGGGUAACCCCAGAUAUUUACUUGCAAAUAGUAGCUGCAGCUAACGAAAGCUAUGCAUUAGAACAUUAUGCUCCACUUUUACUUAGCCUUCAGAAUUGCAAUUUUGUCAGGGAUGCAUUCACUGGAAUCACUUCAAGUUACUGUCCUCCAUUAAAGCAUUACCUUAAGAUUAUUAAUGUAGGACUGGGCCUCAUUUCAGUUGGUGUUCUUCUCUGCCUUGUUCUAUGGAUACUCUAUUCAAACCGCCCCCGAAGGGGAGAAGAGUUUGUGAAGCUAUCUUUAAAAGAAAAAAUAAGGAACAGAUUAAACAAGAGCCACAAUAGCACAAAUGUAGCAUUAUCAAAUGCAGUUAGUGAAGUAUAGAUUGUAAUAUAGAAUAUUUUUUCAUAUAGAAUCAAGCUACUGUUGUUUUACUGUACUCUAUAUACUAAAAGAAGGAAUCAAGAUGGAGCGAAGCUGCCGCUUGAGUUUGAAGAUAAAAGGAAAGCUAGUGUACUAGGUGUCUGUUUGGAUUUUAGAGAAACUGCAGUGAUGCGGCAUGUCUGCGUUGAAGCAACAAAAUGAAAAUUAUGGAUCCAAACAUAGGCUAGAUAUUUUGUUCAUAUAUAUGUAGUAUUACUUGUCAUUUUCAUAUUUACAUCGCCUGCGAAUAUUGUAUUGAAAAGUAAAGGUUGAUCAGCCAAAGAUAGAUAAAUGAGUAAUGUUUUCUUCACAUAUUGA